GCGCGCUCGGCUGUCCGCCCGCAGGGUCCUGCCGCCGCCGGUCGCCGCCGCCGCCGCCGCCCCUCGCCAUGAAGGUCGCUGCCGCCGCCGCUUCUUCGCCGCUGCCCGCGGGCGCCGGCGGAGCGUUGAAGGCGGUGAGGCCCGGGGAGGCCGCUCGCUGCGGGCCGGGCCCGGGGGCGUCCCCGGGGGCGGCGGAGCAAGCGGCCGCCGCGCUGCUGUACGACAUGAAGGGCUGCUACUCGCGGCUGCGGGCGCUGGUCCCCACGCUGCCGCGGCACCGGCGGGUCUCCAAGGUGGAGUUGCUGCAGCACGUCAUCGACUACAUCUGGGACCUGCAGCUGGCUCUGCAGCGGGGGCCCCCCCGCCCCGCCGCCGCCGGGGACCCUCCCGAGGCUCCGUGCAUGCCCGCUGCCGACCGCAUCCUGUGCCGCUGAGACCGCACCGGACCCGCCACCGACCUCCCCGGGACCCCCGGCACACGGCUGGGGCCGGCGACCCCCUCCCCUGGGGGGGGGGGGGCUCCCCCCGCAGCCGGGGCGUGGGGUGCUGCCCGGCGGCCGCGGGACGUAUCCUUCUCAGAUUGCUGAGAGCAUUCCCCGUAUUGUAUAUUACAAUGAUGCUGGAGAAUAUUGUUCUACAAUAGCUGGAGUUUUGUUAUUAAACAAGCCCUGAUGACCAGG